AUGGCCGAGUCCGCCGACCCCAAUCCAGUCGUUUUCUUCGACAUCACGCUAGGAGGUGAGAAACUGGGCCGCAUCAAGAUGGAAUUGUUCAAGGAUGUAGUACCAAGGACAGCGGAGAACUUUCGCCAAUUCUGCACUGGAGAGACCAAGAACAAUCGAGGCCAGCCACAGGGCUACAAAGGGUGCAAGUUCCAUCGCGUGAUCAAAGGGUUUAUGAUCCAAGGUGGAGAUUUCAUCAACGGCAAUGGAACUGGAUCAAGAACGAUCUAUGGCACCGAGAAGUUCGCUGAUGAGAACUUCAACUUGAAGCACGAUGGGCCUGGUCUGCUCUCUAUGGCUAACUCUGGUCCUAACACCAAUGGCUGCCAAUUCUUCAUCAUUAGCUCCCCUACCGGCACACCUCACCUGAACGGCAAGCAUGUUGUCUUUGGCAGGGUCGUAGAUGGCAUGGACGUUGUCACCAAGAUCGAAAACACACGCGUUACGCAAUCAGAGAACAGACCGUUGCAGGACGUUGUUAUCGCGCAGUGCGGAGAGAUGUGA